AUGGUCGAUCAGAACAACAAAGAUUUGGCGCUAGCAAUCAAAGAAUUGACUGAGCAAAAUGACACGCUCUCGCUAGCAAUACAGAGGACUCGGCUCUCAGUGAAAAGAUUGCGUUUGGAAUAUGCAGUUCUUUUGGAGCGACUGGAGGCGCGGAUCGAAAAGGACCCGUCCUUACACUAUGAGGAGCCCUUACCGACAUUGGCUUCCUUCAAGAACAACCUAUUGGAGUCACUGCCAAGUUCUAGGAGCCGCAAGCGUAGAUCAAAGGAGAAGCGCGACCCGAACUUGCCUAAACGGCCAACAAAUGCGUAUCUAUUGUUUUGCGAAAUGAACAAGGAUAAAAUCAGACAUGAGCACGCUGCCAAUAACGUGGAUAUGACGAAGGUCCUCCCCGAAAUAUGGAAAAACAUGGAUGAGGAAGCCAAGAAGCCAUACUACGACUUAUAUAAUGCUGAUAGAUUAAGGUAUCAAAGGGAAAUGACAGCUUACUCACAAAACAAGACUACAGAGGAAGCCAAUGUAGACGUUAAAAACGAGUCCGGAAACGAGGAAGAAGAGGGGGACGAGCCCGAGCACGAACCUGAUGCGGAUGAGAUAGAUGUCAAUGAUUCGGACGUCACUCAGUUGGACGACGGUAUCGGCGAUGUCGCUUCUAGUGUUAUGUCAAGUGAAAUGUAA